UUUGAAGCCAGGUGAUGUGCUUGAUCACACAAGCAUGCUAACCUCUGAAAACCACAGGUUCUAUCUUAAAUUUGAUUCAAUUCAGCAGAACCCUAGCCUCACUUACCUUGUUAUAGGCCGCAAAGACACUUCCUCUGAAGCUGAAGAAGACACCAACUAUGGCUAUAAGAGUUGGAUUGCAAACAGAAACGACCCUAUUUCCAACAAUUCCGGGGUUCUUACUUUGGAGUAUUCAGGUGCUCUCAAAAUCAACCGCCAGAACAGGAAGCCAAUAACUCUGUAUUCUCCUGUCAAAUCUGAAGUUACCAAAAAUACCAUUCUAACUCUAUUAGAUUCAGGAAACUUGGUCCUGCGGGAGCUGCAUCCCAAUGGUGUUUCAAAGAGUGUGUUGUGGCAGAGUUUUGACCAUCCUUCAGAUAUACUACUUCCUGGUAUGAAGUUAGGAAUUAACCACAAAACUCAUCAAUCUUGGUCUGUUACAGCGUCCAUUUCUGAUGCAACCCCAGCUUCUGGUUCAUUCACUCUCGAGUGGGAUCCAAGAAAAAAGCAAUUAAUCAUUAAGAGACAAGGGCAGAUAUAUUGGGCAAGUGGGGUGGUGAAAAACAACAGAUUUGUGAACAUACCAGAAGAAGUUCAGCAGUUUUAUGAAUACAACAUUGUCUCAACAGAGGAAGAAGAGUCCUUUAGUUUCAGAGGUAAAUAUGAUGAUGAAUCACAGUGGGUGCUGUUUCAUAAUGGUCGGUUAUUGGACACAAGAGAGAGUGAUUUCCUCAUUGCUAGUGCUGAUACUUGCUAUGGCUUUAACAGUGAAAGUGGCUGUCGAAAAUCGAAACCACCCAACUGCAGAAAACCUGGUGAAAAAUUCCAAAUUCAGUUUGAAUAUAUCGGUUCUCCAUCUGGAAAUGAGAGUUUUUCUGUGAGAGACGCAAACAUCAGUAUUGGUGAAGGUGAUUGUAUGGCUACUUGCUGGACCAACUGUACCUGCCUUGCGUUCAAAACGGCUUUCCUCAAUGGAACUGGAUGCAUAUAUUACCAUGGACAUUGGAGGACAGUGCCUGUUGACUCUAGGGACGCAAGCAUAAACGUCUUAAUACCAUCACCAUAUGACUCAGAUCAUAAAGAUUUGAAGAAGUGGAAAAUAAUUGGUCCUACCAUGGCAGCAGCUCUGAUCACAAUCUGCCUUGGCAUUUUCUACCUAAGAUGGAGGAAAGCAACUGAAGUUCAAGUUAUUGUGUCAUAUCCGACAGACAAUGGAAGAAGCAGGGAGGAGAAUGAACGGGGCAACUUAGAGUCCUUUAAUAGGCAUACCACCGUUAAUGAACUUAAAAAUGAUGUAAAGAAGGGGAAUUUAAAAAUUUUCAACUAUGAAUCAAUCAUGGAAGCAACAAACAGGUUCUCACCAGAAAACUUGCUAGGCAAAGGAGGAUUUGGACAUGUAUAUAAGGGAUUAUUGCCAAUGGGAGAAGAAAUAGCCAUAAAAAGACUUUCCAGAGGUUCAGCACAAGGAGUAAUUGAGUUUAAAAAUGAACUCAUUGUGAUAUCUGAACUCCAACACGUGAAUCUUGUUCAGCUGUUAGGUUGCUGCAUUCACGGAGAAGAGAGGAUGUUAAUCUAUGAGUUCAUGCCCAACAAAAGCUUAGACUACUUUCUAUUUGGUGAGCAAACAAGUACUUUUCUUCCAAGGAAAAUCUACAAGUUGCUAGAUUGGAAAAAGCGUUUCAACAUAAUUGAGGGGAUCUCUCAAGGAUUGCUUUAUCUCCAUAAAUACUCAAGACUAAAAGUAGUUCAUAGAGAUCUGAAAGCUAGUAACAUUCUUCUUGAUGGCAAUAUGAAUCCUAAAAUUGCAGAUUUUGGUAUGGCCAAGAUUUUUACACAAGAAUCAAAUGUACAAACCAAUCGGGUUGUAGGGACAUAUGGAUACAUGUCACCUGAGUAUGCCAUGGAAGGAAUUUUCUCUACUAAAUCAGAUGUCUAUAGUUUUGGGGUUUUGCUACUUGAAAUUAUAAGCGGCAGAAGAAAUAACAGUUUCUACAAUUCCCAAGGUCCACUAAAUCUAGUAGGGCAUGCUUGGGAACAAUGGAAAGAAGGUCAAGUUCUCGACAUAGUUGAUCCAAUGUUGAGAGACCAAUGUGAUCCAGAUCAAGUAUUAAGAUGUGUCCACAUUGGACUUUUAUGUGUCGAAGAAAAUGCAGAAGAUCGUCCAGCUUUGUCAGAUGUUAUAGCCUUGUUGGCAAGUGAAACUGCAUCAAUUCCUUUCCCAACAAGGCCAGCAUUUUAUAGUGGAAGAAAGCUAAAUAAGAAAUAUAAGUCUGAUGACUUUGAAACUCAUUCAGUGAAUGGUCUGUCUGUUUCAACCAUAAAAGCAAGGUAA